UGUUCCUGCAUCUCUGAAUUGUUUUUGAAUCCUAUGCAGUAAAUGUGUCAGGAAAAAGAAAAAUGUGUCAGAAAGAUAUUGAUACAUUCUUAAACUUGUUUUUAACUAUUGUUUUUGUUGAAAACAAUCAAGUUUCAAAGUGAAGAUUCGAGUUUGAUCAAGUUAAACAAAAGAUGACUUACUCCAAAUUUUAAACACUACGAUAUUGUUACCACAAAAAUGGACCUGGGCCUUUAAUGUUACAGAGUUUGAAAAAAUUUUUUCUUUUUUUACAAGCCCAAAAUCUUUAAAAUUAAAAUUUCACAUAAAAAUUCAUGGAAUUUUGAAAAUCAAGAUUUUCUACAACGUCAAGUAAUAUAAUUUUACCAAAUGAAAAGAUACAACAAUAUAAUAGAGUGUAUUGAUUUCAAUUCUGUUAAACAUUUAGAAGACAGUAACAAAAUCGUUAACAAAAUGCCUAAAAAUUUUUUAGUGUGGUAUCAAAAAAUUAAAUAUAAAUAAAUGUUUAAUAAAAGGAAAAUGCUCACACUUGCAAAUAAUGAAUAAUGAACUGUCUCACAAUAGAUUAAUGGGCAAAAAUUAAAAUAUGCAGAAGUAUAAACUGAAGGAAUUCGAGCAAUCAAUAAUUAACCCCCUAACACACAGUUUUUAUGGAAAAAUCUGGCAAAAAAAAAUUAAUUUUUUUUUUGUAUGUAAAAGAACACAAUUUAGAACAUUGUCUUGGCAAAAAAUUUAAAAACAUACAUAAUUAAUCAAAAUUUUUAAAGCAGCAUAAAAUACAACGCUGCUCGAAUUAUCUCGAGUGUGCAAAAUUUGAUCUGUUUAGUGCGCUCGAAUUAACUCGAGCGUGCAAUUUGAGAGGCUAAUUUACCGGAAAUCCAACAAAAAGCCGUUUGAGCCUGUAUUGAUAUUGCUAAGGCUAAAAAUUCAAGAUAGCGAAGAUACGAUACAGACCUUUCCGAGAUGACUAGGAUACAAGUUGUUAGAAGUUUGUUAAGUAAAAAUUCUAGACAAGCUACUUAUAAAAUAAGUAGUGUUACUUGAAAAACCAGAAUUUCAUGUUAAUUAUACAAUUUGUGAUGGUGUACAAUGAAAUCACAGAGCGUGGAAACUAUUUGAAAUAGAAGAUCAUAACGUUAAUUGUAGUCGUCCUUUUGAUUCUAUUAAACGCUUAUGGUUUGUGCUUGACUUUCCACAUUUGCUGAAAUGUUUGAAAAAUAAAGUAAUUGAUACUUCAUCUUUCUGGACUCCUGAUGGUAUCAUAAAAAUGCUACAUUGGCAAGCAUAGAAUAAGAGCAGGCGUGGACUUAAUUAUAAUUCUGAAAUACCUUCUGAAAAACGUCCUGCUCCAGGAUUUUAUGAUACUUCUAACGAAUAUAUAGAUCCACUUGCAAUAGAUUUUUCUAAAAUGAGACAACAACAAUUAGAUGGAGAUCACAAGCAGGAAAAGGAAGAAAUGGAACGUAGGAAAGAUAAGUUAAAGCUAAAGCAGCAUAAAGAAAAUGAUAUUUCAAUGGGGAUGCUUAAUAAUGAAGAACCAGUGAAGAAAAGAAGUAAACUUGUUUUACCUGAAUCACAGAUCUCUGAUCAAGAAUUACAACAAGUGGUUAAACUCGGACGUUCAUCAGAGGUUGUACGUGAAGUAGCUACUGAAAAUGGAAUUACUUUAUCGGAUAGCUUAUUAUCUGAUUAUUCUCUCCCAACUAAUGUUGCUGUAACUCCCAGAAUUCCAGCUAUGCAAGAUAAAAUUCUUCUAGAAGCUCAAAACGUUAUGGCUUUAACGCAUGUUGAUACUCCAUUGAAAGGUGGAAUAAAUACACCGUUAAAUAAUACUGAUUUUUCUGGCGUUGUAUCUGUAACACCUGCUAUUGCAACUCCAAAUACUAUUCUAGCAACUCCUUUUCAUUCUCGGCGUAAUGAUGGAACACCAAUGAAUUCGUUUAAUACACCGGCAUCUUCACGACUGCAAAAUGGAGUUUUGGCAACACCAGUUCGUGAUAAACUUAACAUUAAUCCAGAUGAUGUUAUUGCUGGAUCUGAAACACCGGUGAUACAGAAAUAAGCUAAAGAACAAUUACGUGCAGACCUAAUAGCAUUGCCAGCACCACGAAAUAAUUAUGAAAUAGUUGUUCCUGAUGAUGAAAGUAUGAACAUAGAAAAUUCCUCUACUCCUAUAAAUGACAUAGGAUAUAAUUGAAGAUUAAGCUGAUAUGGGUGAUUCUCAGAUAACUGUGAUUUUUUAUGUCUAGUACUUUAUUCAUCAUUCAACAUAUUUUUUUUUAUAAAAAAAUUAUAAAAUUCAUAAACUUGAUAGUAUUUUACCGUUGACAAUGGCUAUUGAAGCAUAAGUAGUCAUGGAUCAUAAAUAACUUACAGAAAUACACGCAAAAUGUCAGUACCGUGGCAUGCCCGAUUCUCGUUUUUUCAAACUAAAUGUAUAAAUUUCUAUAAAGAUUUGUUUAAUAAUUUAAAGUUUAGCUUUUAUAACUAAAAUCUAAUGUAUAUUUCAUCAAAUUAUGCUGCAAAUAUACCAAAAUAUUGAUUGGAAGAAAGGAAUAUAAUUGUCAUUGAUUUAUAUCCUGGAAUUUUAUUCAAUUUUUAAAUUUAAAAUAUUUGCCGCCUAAACGCCAUCUUCCAUUCAGUUUCGUUCGAUCUCUUUGGCGGCAUUUUAAGGAAGGACUAUUUAUGUAUAGUUUACAGCUGUAUAUUUAUUUAUUGCUCUGAUAUUUAUUACAGAAAUAAUUUGUUUUGUUUUGAAAAAGGUAAGUCAUAAAAUUACAUGUCAGUACCAUGAUAUUAAAAUUUAAACAUAUUAAUAC